CAGUGUACAGACAACUGACUACCGAGGCAGUUGGAGCAUCUUAAACACAAGUGUUUCAUCAUCACCCCAACACGACGCUAACAAUUAUGUUCACCUCAGUGGUGUUGAUGUGCAUGAUGGCGGCCCUGGGUGUGACUCUCCCAACCGGCUACAAUGUUCCCAUCCCUUACAACUUUAAUUACGGAGUGAGCGCCGGGAACAACAACUUCGGCCACCAGGAGGCCGGUGACGGCCACAACGUGAAGGGUUCGUACUUCGUGCACCUUCCCGAUGGCCGCGUGCAGACUGUGAAUUACUGGGCCGACGGGAGCGGCUACCACCCCACCGUCACCUACCAGGGCACCGCUAGUUACCCCAGCUAUGCUCCCUCCUAUGGUUACCACUGACACACCCGCCUCAACAAACGCCUGGUUCAGAUUUACCCCAAACAUGGUCAACCAUUAAGCUAGAGCUGUUGAAAAACUGACGAUACUGUUGUAAUAUUCUUUCCAUGUAUUGUUUCCUGGCUGUACAGGAGCGGGUGUUGAUGAUGAACUAAAACUUGAUCCGUUGUGUAAUAAGAGGAGGAGGUUGAUCAGGCCAGGAGGCUUUAGUAUCCAAUACUUUCUGGUCUCUCACAUCUCCUCUUACUGCUUUUAAU